AUGAGGAUAAAAACAGAGGUGAAUAGGAGUCAAGAAGGUCUGCAAAACCUGGAGAGAGCUCAAGAAAAGCAGAAGGACGUCUACGACCUAAAGAGGUCGGGACCUUCCUGCAAUGUUGGAGACAAGGUUCUGAACCGGAACGCGAGGAAGGACAUGCGCAUGGGAAGAAAAUUGGAAGAGAGAUUCGUGGGACCUUUCUUUAUCCGGGAGGUCUUAGCCAAGGGUGCGUUCUUCCUGUGGGAUGACAAUCUCACUCAUAAAGUGAACGGAUCCAACCUAAGGCGAGUUAUCAGCCCAAUUAUGCCAUCAGCCGCCUCACUCUCCAAGUCUCUUCCACCAUCACCUCCAACGCCUCCGCUUCCUUCCUGGGCGGUAAAAAUUGUAUUCUCUUGUGGUGAUCCUCAAACAUGCAUUUCUACUUUAGAAAACGAACUCCGUGCAUUUCCAUUCACGGAGGGGGGGAAAAUAUCACGAGGGGGGAAAAAUAUCAUACGACACCGGUCGAAUCGGCUCCGGUCGACCUGCCGUCGAAACGCUGGAUCGACUUCGGCGCCGUCAUCCGUGAUAACAAGCUGUUCGCAGCCAUGUGUGACGAGUUCAUCCCAGGAGAUGGAGAUGCUGGCGAAUGCCCUGAAGAGGAAGAAGCGGCCCCUGGCACCAUUCGCCGCAUGGGACGUGGCGGAACAGAUGGACAAAGCCCUCGAGUUCGAGCUCUUCUCGGAGGAGGAGCAGAUUCGCCGGGAGGAGCGUCGUCUCGCGAAGCGGAAACUAGGCAGCGACCAGGACGAAGACUACGAACAAGACUCCUCGUCCGAACCGAGUUCGACCACUUCGUCGGACUCCUCCCCGCCGGACUCGUCGAGAGACGAGGACUUCGUGGUACGGGGCGCCGGGCGGCCUCGAGGACGUGCCAAGCGCCGCCCCACCCCCGUCCCCGGUCGCGCCCGCGGCUACAAGCUGCGUCCCAAGCGCCGCAAGCAAGUGGAGUACUACACGAGCGACUCCAGCGACGUGGUCACGAAGCUGAACGCCACCCGUGGCCUCCCCGCCAAACGCAUGCUCCUCCGCGGCAAGAGGACGACCGCCUCGUCCUCGUCCGAAACGGAAGGCGACACCCCUACGAAGCCCCGCAAGACCCCGAAGUCCCCUCUCGCGAAGACCCACGCCAAGAGAGGCCCCGGCCCCCCUCCCGGGAAGAACUCCCUCUCUCUUCUUCAGAGAGAAAACUGGAUCGCCUCGAGCCACCAAUUCUGCUCCGUCUAUUACGGAGAGGGAAUGUCCCUCCUCCCCCCUCCUCCCCCCCCCACUUGGUCUCCGGAGCACGACACGGUUCUUCGAGACACAGCCGACCGUGGAGCCCAGGUACACCUAGUCGAUGCAGGACACCCUGAAGCACCAGCAGUUGCAGCACGCGCAGCACCUGCAACAAAAGCGCCAGUCGGAGCACGCUCUCGGCUCGUGGAGUGCGUACGCCGCGGAGCAAUGUCGGCAGUGGCGAAUCACGCGCAGGUGGCGAACGGUCGGGAUCUGCAGAACAACCCGCGAUAUCUGGCCUUCGUCAGAGAUGGGAUCAAGACGAGCUCGUACCAGGAGAAGAACGCGGCGCAACAGCAGUACGUGUACCGGACCCCGGUCGCCCCUAGCCGGCCGACGAGCGUGUCGGUCCCGGUGGCGGACGCGAGAAGCAUAUCGUACCUGCACCAGAUGGAGCGAUACCGGAAACCGGUGACCUACGCGAAACCGGACGUGCUGUCGGACGCACGGGUGCCGUAUUCGGGGUACCAGCCGCCUCGAGCCCCGCUUAUGCAGAACCUGAGCGAAUUCCAGAAGAAGCAGAUCGCGGUCGGCCUGUCGGCGCAGCCGGGAGCCGCCUUCGUCGCCAACCCGUACAUCGACAGGCGGACCGGCCGGCCCAACUUCGAACUGAUCCAACAGCACCAUUUGGGCAUGACCCUCCCGCGUGACCUCCAGCCGCACGGGAGCACCCUCCAGUCGCACGGGAGCAUCCUCCAGUCGCAAGGGAGCACCCUCCAGACGCACGCGAGCGCCCAACAUCCGCAAGACCCAGACACCCAGAGCCUCUCGAGCGCCGGGCUGAAGCGCCGCGGGAGCUUCAGCUCCGAAGGAUCCCUCGCUGGCGCGGGCGAGUCCAUCGUGGACCGCGUCGCCGAGAAGCUAGGCAUCGCGGACCGGAAGUUCAAUCUGGCCAAGAAGGCCAGAGAGAUAUAA